CCUGCCCAGAGGACCUCACCUCUGUAAACAAAAAGGGGGAGUUAUUAGGGCCCAGCUCUGGACCAUGGCCUCCUGUGGGGUAGUGAGAUGCCUGGAGGUGCUACACCUGCCUCCUCGGAGGUACUGGGAACGCCUCAGUAACAGCACAGGGCUCCACCUACGGGGAGGAACAUGGGAGGAGCUCGGGCAAGUUCCACCCACGGGGAGGAACAGAGUCAGGGCAUAUAAGAGCAGGGCUCCGGGGUGUCGGGGAGGAGUCGAGUCGGAGCCGGAGAGGAGCCGGGACCUUGGGAGGCAGGAGAGCAUGUAACCAAUAAAUCGUGUGCAGCUGCCAACUCGGGUGUUCUGUCUAGUCAUUCCCCUCCACCCUCGGAGGGGCCGGAGACGUCCGAAGACCAGGAAGGGGCAAAGAGGUGGGCAGUGCCACAAAAAUGCUUCUGCUGCAAGAGGGACGCAUGCUGCAGACCCUACACCGAUCCCUGGCCAAGAGCAUCCCAGAGUCCCUGAAGGUGUAUGGCUCCAUUUUCCACAUAAAUCAGGGAAACCCUUUCAACUUGGAGGUUCUAGUGGACUCCUGGCCUGAGUAUCAAACCGUCAUUACCCGGCCUCAGAAAGAGGAGAUGACUGAUGACAUGGAUCAUUACACAAAUACUUACCACAUCUUCACCAAAACUCCCGAGCGAUUGCCAGAGCUACUGGAAUCCAAUGAGGUCAUCAACUGGGAUCAUAUUCUCACUAUUCAAGGUUGCCAACAGGGUUUGAAUGAAAAGAUACAGAGUGUUGCAGCUUCAAAGUCAGUACGAAUAGAUUACUCCAAGAGGUUUCUUUAUGCAACGGAAACUAUUCUGCAGUUAAAGGCUUCUAAUAAGAGAAGGUUUGGCAGAUCCUAUGAAGCAAGUAUCCAAAAUAUCGGAGAGUUUAGAAGUGAAAUUCAUAACUUCAAAGCCACCUUCCUGGAUGUCUCCUAUUCUGAGCUGGUGAACAACAAGUGGAAAUUUGGAAAGAAUGAGAAGAGCCUGAGAUACAUCAAAAGUUGUAUCCAGAACUUUCCUGGAUAUUGUCUGCUCGAUCCUGAGGGGAAUCCCAUAACCUGGACUGUGAUGGAACCAACAUGUGAAUUGAGGAUGGCCUAUACCCUGGCAGAAUAUCAAGGCAGGGGCAUGUUAGGGGAGAUGAUGAAGGCAUAUAUGAAAUAUCUUCACCAGAAUGAGAUUCCUUUUUAUCUUCACGUAGAAGAUAUGAAUGAGAAUUCCCACAAAGCAGUGAGGCACCUUAAUUUCAAUGCCAUGCCUUGUGAUUGGCAUGAAUGGAAAAGCAUCCCAACUAGAUUUCAACACUUGCCUCAUUUCUAACUCAGGCUAUGUCAGUCUUGAGUUGUGCACUCCAUUUGUAUUUUAUUAUAUUUUAUUUUGAGACCAGGGUGUCCCUAUCUCAUCCAGGCUAGAAAUGCAACUGCUACUCACGGUCCCAGCCCCAUGGCUGAUACGCACAGAAGCCUUGACUUGCUCCAUUUCCAACCUGGGUCAGUUUGUCCCUUCUUCAGCACCUUAGUAGCCUCCUGGUCUCAGAAGUCAAAAGUAGUUCGGAAGGCUGAUCGGCUUUAGUGCUACUGCAGUUCAGAAUUCCCAGGCUCAAGUGAUUCACCAGCCUCAGCCUUUCCUAAACCCAUGCCUAGCAGAGAAUAUAAGAAGUACUCCCAAGCCCAGCCUCCCCUCCUCUACUUUAAGCACAACCACUAGAGAUAGCAUCCAUUGGGGUCAACUUUUGAAUACGCAGGAUGAUUGCCCUCAAUUUAGCAAGCCUAUUUUUAUGUAGUUCAAUACUGCUCACACUUCAAACUAACUCCUAGCCACUUCUCUGGCUGGCUGCCAUGCCUGGAAUGCUCUCCCUUCCACUCUCCACCUCCUAACUUCCCUGGCUUCUCUUAGAAGUGAGUGCAAGUUUUAUCUUCUACAGGAGAUUUCUCCUAGUUCUCCCUCCAUCCCCCGCCAGUGCCUUUUCCUCUUAGAUUACCUUCUAUUUGUUCUGCAUACAUUUUGCAUUACAUUUUAUCUCCCCUAUUUGAAUUUUGAUUUGUUUGUUGUUGUUUUUUUGGAAACUUUUGAUCUUAACAAACAGCAAACAAUAUGGAAAUGUCCACAUCCAUAGCAUAAUAUGGAUACAAAACUGCACGUCUCUAUUUUGUACAACUUGCCUUACUUUUCAAUGUGUAAUAAAUUCAAGAUGUAAUGUUCAAAGCUGUCUUGCUUCUUCGUGAUUGUUCUUAUGACCCUACCCUUCCUUCUGCUCUCUUCAGUACAUUUUUUUAAAAGAUCUUUCAAUGAUGCUCUUUCUUUUGCUUUUUUUCUUUUUGCUGCCCUAACCAUGUUCUUCUUCUCAUCUCACCCCGCCUCUAAUUGUAAGAAAAGAAAAGAAAAACAAAACCAUUAUAAUAAAUAUGCAUGGUCAAGCAAAACGAA